AACUUUACCUACUCAAGCUCUGUUACUGUACUCUUCCUCUGCCACCUUUCUGCAGUAUUAUCUAAGCUUCUCCAUUAUCAAUCUUCUUCCCUCCACUUUUCUCCAUCACUCUCCACUUUAUUAUUUUUACUUCCUUUUCCCAUUUUCAAAUACUAUUUUAACAUAUUAUUAAUAAUUGUUUAUUACUACUAUACUGGCUCUACCAACUAUGGAAGCUUUCAGUUUACUCAAAUACUGGCGUGGUGGUGGUGGUAGUGGUGCCGCCACCGCUGCCGCCGUUGUUACUCAUCCUUCCGCCGCCGUACUCACUGCCGGUAGCUCUCACUCGUCGGAAUCUGACUCCGACGUUGACGGUGACGGAGACGGAGAUGACGGACCGUUUUUUGACUUGGAGUUUACUGCAGUUCCUGAGGUGCUUGACGAAGUUGUAGGAAACGAAAGGCGUAAAAUUAGUUCAGCGAAGGAUGAGGAGGAAGCGGAGGAGGAGGAGGAGGAGGAGGAAGGAGAGCUGAAGUUUACGCUUUCUCCGUUUAGUUCGAGUGUUGAAGGUGUGGAUCCGAAUGUAUCACUUUCGCCGUCAGAUGAACUUUUUUUCAAAGGUAGCUUGGUACCAAUUGAGCCUUCAUCGUUGUUGUUAACAGCUUCGGAAGCAAAUUCUAAAUUUUCUUCGUCAUUGUUGAAGUCUGCAACUAAGUUUAGAGUGUUAAUGCUGAAACUGAAGAAGCCGAAAGCAAAUGCAGCAACAAAAACCGGAAAAUCUGAAGGUGAUGACGAUGAAAAUGCCUCUGUUUCAGCUACUCCCAAGCAGAAGAAAGUAUCGGAGAAUGUGAAAGAGGAGACUCUAAAUCGUGUACAGAGUAAAUUUUUGACGGUGAAGUUUAAGGUUGAAGAAGUUGCUAUUAAGUCAUUGUUUACUAGAGAUAACAGUAGCUCUAAAAACAGCAAAACACAGAAACUUCUUCCGGAAGAAGCACGUUUAGCAAGUUCAACAAACACAAAUGCUGCAGCAAAUUCAACUUUGGAAGAAGCACGUUCAACAAAUACAAAUAAUGCAGCAAAUUCAUCUUCCGAUGAGAAGAAAUUCUCUAAGGACGUGAUGCAAAAAUACUUGAAAAAAGUGAAACCUCUGUACAUUCGCGUGUCCAAACGUUACAGCGAGAAGCUCAGGUUCACUGGAGAGUUAAGUUCCGGUCCUUCCCCGCCGUCGUCCGCUGCUGAUAAGGCGGAAGCGGCGUCGGAUACUCCAACUACGGCGGAGAAGAACCAAAAGCAAGGGAAUAUUCCGACGGGGCUACGAAUAGUUCGUAAACAUUUGGGGAAAAGUAAAUCAGCUUCGUCGGCGGUUGUUGCGGCGGCGCCGGUAGUAUCUAACCGGCGAGACGACUCGUUAUUGCAGCAACAAGAUGCUAUACAAGGCGCCAUUUUACACUGCAAGAGGUCUUUCAAUUCAUCUAGAGAUUCAGAAUCAUCCAUUUUGUCGCGUUCAGCAAGUGAUGCAUCACAUGAAAAAUCAACAAGCUUGAUGACGGAUUCAUCUACUUGAGAAAUUAGGACUUAAUUAAAACCAAGAUAUUCUGAUAAAGAUGGUUAAUUAUUAUUAGUAGUAGUAAGUUUUGGUUUUAGUUAGACUAUGGCCUUUUAUCCCUAGUGUUUCUCCUCGAUUAUCGAGAUUUCAAUGGUCAUGGCAAAGUAAAUGUCUGAGAAAUGAAUAGUUACUUAUCUGUUUUCUCUCGUUCUUUGCCUAUUGUAAAUUAUUAAUUAGAACUUUAAUAGUAUUAUAGUAUUAUACUACUGUACGUGUUGUUGUAAAGCCUUAUCGCAAUCUCCUUUUUUAUUAACUAGCUCGUCUCUCUUCUGCUUUGUUACUUAGGUAAUUGUUUACCUUA